GUACACGGGAUGUGAUUGGAUUACCACGCACGGUCAUUUACGUCGACUGCUAGCUAAGGUUUGGCAGAAUUCCAGUUUGCAGUUCAAACGGCUCUGGUCGGUCCCUGAUGACAGUUUAAAUGAAGCAAUCAACAGAUUGAUAUCAUCUUGAAGACAAGAGACGAAUUUACGGUUCCAUUGCGAUUCUGGAGAAACAAAAUGGCAGCAACUGGAGGACUGACAGAAGAACAGAAACGAAGGAUAGAAGAAAACAAAAGGAAAGCAUUGGAAAAAAGGGCCCAAAGAGCAAAUCAGCAAGCAUCAUCUAUCCCAGCAACUCUAACAACCUCUAGCAACAAGUUGUGGAGGCCGUCAUGUCUAACCUCAAAGCCAAUUAAUGGAGAUACAUCUGAUAUGACUUCAAAACAAAGAAGCUAUGAACAGUCUGCAACAAGUGUAACAACAAACAAUAGUUGCAUCCAAUCCAAUGCUAUGAGUAUCCCACAGAGCCCACAACCUAAUCAGCAUGAACAACCUCUAAAACCAUACCAGGUGCAACAACCAGUGGCUGCCACAGGCACCACCCAAAAGACUAUCACUCAGUUUUAUGGCAACACUAACAGCAGUGGAGUAAAAAGCACCAGUAGUAGCAAAACAGUUAAUGUCUCUAAACCAGCACAUCAAGGUCAAAGUAAGGUCAAUUUGUGGAGCAACGGUGAUAGAGGUGGUGGUCGUGGUAGCGGUGGUAUGCCAAGCUGGUCAUCAAACAAUGUGUUGAAGCCAUCAGGUUCUUUCACAGGUGGUUCAAGUCUUACAGGACAUUGUGUCUUGUUGUCAAGAUCUCGCUUUGUAGCAGACAUAGGAUACCAUUCUAAGUUGAUUGAAAUCUUCAAAGCUAUACCAAGUAAAAGUUAUGACGUUACUACAAAAAAGUGGUCAUUUUCACUUACCCACUACGAUGAAUUCAUGAAGGCAGUGCAGGUAUUAAAGAAUGAGGUAGAGAUGAAACCACUCCCAAAUUCAGUGUGUUUAGCAUUCCGUAGCCAGCGCAGUGGAAAACAUACAACGCUUGAGGUUCCUGAGGCCGACCUGAGUGGGGUAGAUACAAAGCUUGCACAAGGUCUCAUGCCAUUCCAGAGGAAAGGUGUUGAUUUUACGAUUCACCGAGGAGGGAGAGCCCUGAUAGCCGAUGACAUGGGAUUAGGGAAAACCAUUCAAGCCAUCUGUGUAGCAUGUUACUAUAGAUCAGAAUGGCCAAUUUUAGUCGUUAGCCCUUCGUCAAUGCGCUUCUCAUGGGCAGAGGCAUUCUUAAAAUGGAUACCAUCGAUUGAGGAGUAUGAGGUCAACGUUGUGACCUCUGGAAGAGAAAGUGUUUCCUGUGGUCAAAUUAAUAUCAUCAGCUAUGACCUGAUGGCCAGGAAAACCAAAGCAUUGCAGGCUGUAGGUUUCAAGGUCAUCAUAAUGGAUGAGUCUCAUUUUCUCAAGAGUUACAAGACGGCCAGAACCAAGGCAGCUCUGCCACUAUUAAAGGCAGCGUCAAGAGUGAUCCUUCUCUCCGGUACACCAGCCCUCUCCAGACCGUCUGAACUCUUCCAGCAGGUCAGUGUGGUCAAUCCACGGCUCUUCCCAUCAUUCCAUGACUUUGCUCUAAGAUACUGCGAUGCCAAACAGACUCACUUUGGCUGGGAUUAUUCUGGCUCCUCAAACCUGACUGAAUUACAUCUUCUCCUAGAAGAGAAAGUGAUGAUAAGAAGACUUAAGAAGGAUGUCCUUAGCCAGUUACCAUCCAAGAUUAGACAAGUGGUGAUAAUGGAUCCUAGCUUUGUGAAGACUGGUAGCACAUCACUAAAGUGUGCAGCUAAGGAUAUGGAAAAGAAGAGUAAAUCAGAUCAACAUGGGACUUUACUCAAGUUUUUCAGUGAGACCGGUCUUGCUAAGAUCCCUGCAUUGAAGGAGUAUGUGAUUGACCUAGCAGAAAGCGGUCAUAAAUUUCUUGUCUUUGCUCACCAUCAGAAAGUCAUGGAGGCACUGGCCGAAGCACUCAUAAAAAAGAAAAUCAAGAUCAUCCGUAUAGAUGGAAGCACAUCGUCGUACAUGCGCAACGAGCUGGUUGAGAAAUUCCAGACCAAUGACUCCUAUCAAGUCGCAGUGUUGUCCAUCACAGCAUGUAAUGCAGGGAUCACCCUGACCUCGGCAUCUACGGUACUCUUUGCAGAAUUGUUCUGGAAUCCCGGAAUCCUGGUCCAGGCCGAGGAUCGCGUCCACCGAAUCGGUCAGCAAGAUUCGGUGACCGUUCGUUAUCUCAUUGCAAAGAACACUGCAGAUGACUAUAUCUGGCCUCUCAUUCAGAAGAAACUCUCUAUCCUUGGCAAAGCUGGUCUCUCAAAAGAUGAUUUUGGUGAUGCGGACAUGACUGAAUUGAAGGAUCCGAAGCAGCGGAGUAUCCUGUCAUUCUUUGAGCAAUCUUUCUUCGAGGAUGACCCUCUCUCCCAGGAAGAUCUUGAUCUUCUGGAAGCAGCUGAGGCUACCAACAAACCAGACACAUCUAGUCAAGAUGUCAGUGGUCUACAAAAGACAGAUACAGGGUUGUUCAGCUCAUUUUACUUUGAGAAAUCAUCUGUGGACGGUCCUAAGAUCAAGAAACCAAGAAUGAACUAAUCAAUAGGGUAGAAAGUAAAGGUGAGAUAGAAUGUACUGAACACUGAUGGAUUAGAAAGGAAAGGCAUGAUAGUGUGUACUGAACACUGAUGGGUUAGAAAGUAAAGGUGAGAUAGUAUGUACUGAACACUGAUGGGUUAGAAAGUAAAGUUGAGAUAGUGUGUACUGAACACUGAUGGGUUAGAAAGUAAAGGUGAGAUAGUAUGUACUGAAUACUGAUUUGUUAGAAAGUAAAGGCAAGAUAGUAUGUAUUGAACACUGAUGGGUUAGAAAGUAAAGGCGAGAUAGUAUGUACUGAACACUGAUGGAUUAGAAAGUAAAGGCGAGAUAGUAUGUACUGAACAAUGAUGGGUUUGGAAGUAAAGGUGAAAUAGAAUGUACUGAACACUGAUGGGUUAGAAAGUGAAGGCAAGAUAGUAUGUACUGAACAAUGGAUUAAAAAGUAAAGGUGAGAUAGUAUGUACUGAACACUGAUGGGUUGGAAAGUAAAGGUGAGAUAGAAUGUACUGAACAAUGAUGGAUUAGAAAGUAAAGGGAGAUAGAAUGUACUGAACACUGAUGGAUUAGAAAGUAAAGGGAAAAAGAAUGUACUGAACACUGAUGGAUUAGAAAGUAAAGGGAAAUAGAAUGUACUGAACACUGAUGGAUUAGAAAGAAAAGGUGAGAUAGAGUGUACUUAACACUGAUGGGUUAGAAAGUAAAGGUGAGAUAGUAUGUACUGAUCACUGAUGGGUUAGAAAGUAAAGGUAAAAUAGUAUGUACUGAACACUGAUAGAUUUGGAAGUAAAGGUGAGAUAUAAUGUACUGAACACUGUUUGAAGCAGAUAGGUUAGGAAGUAAAGGUGAAAUAGAAUGUACUGAACACUGUUUGAGGCAGUUAGGUUAGGAAAUGAAGGUGAGAUAGAAUGUAUUAAACAUUUUUUGAAGUAGUUAGGUUUAAAUGUGAGAUUAAAUAAACUGAAGACUGUUUGAAGCAGUUAGGUUAGGAAGUGAAGGAGAGAAGAGGAGAAAAAAAGAACUGUAUUUAGCAACUGUAAUGAUUCUAGUAGCUGUAAAGGUUAAAAACUCAUGAAAUUCUCUUUUUUUUUCAAGUAAGAAGGUACUUGGCUCAAGGAAAUAAUGGGAAGAGUUAUAAAGACAGAAAGCGCACUCACUGAGUUUUCAAGACAAAUAACAGUCAACUAGAAUCGACACAAUUUGAAUGACACGUAACUAAUUCAAACAGAUUGUUUUGAUUCCAAGAGAUUUGACUUUAACUGGCAUUUUCACCUUUGUAAUGAAAUAUUUGUUAUAAAUGUAGAUAUGUAAAAAAAAUUAUUUUUGUUACAAAUAAGUUGCUCAGAAUUUGUUAUCGCGUCCGGUUGGCAAUCGCGUCACCCGACCAUUCAAGAAAAGGGCCCCUUAAAGGUUGAGUUUAAUUUACCCGAUGUUUUGUUAAAAUCAAAGCCAAAUACACGAAAGGUGGGUAAACUGGAUUCGGUGUUUCGUGAAUUAAGGUGGCCCUUUUUUCAAAUGGUUGGGUUACUUGAUUGCCCGACCAGGGGCCCGUUGCAGAAAGAGUUGCAAUUGAUCGCAACUCUAAAAAUCAUGCGCAACUUGAUUUUCAACCAACCAACAGCGCGCAUUUGGCACUUGCGGUUGAUUUUUUGACUUGCGUUUAAACGCAACUCUUCCUGCAACGGACCCCAGACGUGAUGACACAAGCCAUAUUAUUUUGCAUUAACUUUGCAAUGAAAGAUAUUUUUGCAGAGACUCAAUUGGCAGGUGCUGUUUGAUGAGGCUGUUUGUACAUGUAAGUUAUGCACAACUUAACGCACAAUUGCUGACUCUCUUUCAUAACACUUUGUGUUUGAUGUGGCUUGGUAAAGAAAUGAUGUUGCCAAGUAUUUAUUUUCAAGUUUCUCUGAUCAACGAAUUUGUGAUUGAAGUUGAUAUGUUCUACAAAAUUGCUUGAAACGAUGGUAACUCCCGUAGAAACUCGGAAGGAUAGAAUGAUAGAAAUCAUACAUUUGCGAUGGAAGUUAAAGCUAUACAUGAGAAACUUGGAUCUUGACAAAAUUUUGUUUUGUCCAUAACAAAUUUAAUUCAAAAUGAAAAAAUAAAUCAUGACGCAUAAAUAAGCUAUGAAUGAAAACUUGGCAUUUUGUUUAAUAGAAACAUAUUACGCAUAAUUAGGCAGAUUACAAAGAAAAAAAUUAGUCUUUAUCAAGGUAGGUAGAUUUCAGAUGAAGUCUCUUUAUUGCCAAGAUGUUUUUCAUAAUAAUUGCCAAGUUGUAGUAAUAGAGGCUUAGAGGAAAGCAUGAUUAUGUACAGUUGGUAUUGACUAUUCAGAACGUUAUUUGGAAUGAAUUAAGCUACUGCAUGCUAAAAGCAGAAUAGCUGUUUUAUGUUAUUCUAAGUAUUGUACUCUAAGCAUUGUAUUGUAUUGCUAUCAACAGAGGCUGUUACAACUGGUAAUGUUGCAGCGAUGCCUAAUGUCACGACAACACGGUAUUUACAUCUGGGGUCAACAUUUGACAUCACAAUCCAAAAGAUGUGACUGGUCCUGUUCGUGCUCUGAUAGCAGGGGUGGGAGGAGGGGGGCAAGAGGUGCUUGCCCUUCAGAAAUUCCCAGCAGGAACAAUGCCCUUUUUCAAAAUGGAAAGUGCCCUAUUUUUAAAAAUGAUAUGUUUUUUGCCCUUUCUCAAUAUAAAAUACCUUUUUUAAGUAAAACAUAAUCCAUUUUAGUUUAGAAAAUCAUUCUUGUGCUUCGCGCUUGCAUCAAUUAUUGUUAAGGUACUCAUUCUGUUCUUUGUUACAAAAAUGCUUAGAAUUUCCAGUUUUCAGGUUGAUUUAUCACAAAUUUGAAGCUCACGCUUCGCGCUUGCAUCAAUUAUUGUUUAGUAAGGUACUCAUGUUCUUGGUUACAAAAAGUGCUUAGAAUGUCAAAUUUUCAGGUUGGAAUAUCAAAAUUUUCAGCUCACACUCGCAAUAUUCGAUUGGUAAGAUAUGUAUCCUAUUAAUCAGUCACUAUAUAUAAUGCAGUCCUUACCAGCAUCCUUUUCUGGUCAGUAUAUUAUAAAUUUCAGCUCACGCUUCGUGCUUGCAUCAAUUCAUUUAGUUAGAUACACAUCUUUUUCAUGAUAAAAACUUCUCAGAAUGUUUAAUUUUCAGGUCUUAUUAGUACAUGAAAUGUCCAAAAUUUUGAGCUUGCGAUUUGCGCAUGCAACAUCUUGCAAGAUGCCCUUUUUAACAGUAAUUUGUGUGAUAAUUGAUCAAAAAGCGAGUUUCACAACUUCAGAUUUGAAAUUUUUUCCAAACCGCUCGCUCGCGGAAAAUAAAGCUCAAAUAUAUAUUUUAUCAAUCAGAAAUCAUUUCAAAAAGGCCUUGCUCAACUUAAUUACUACAAAACACAACACAGAUGAUAAUCUCAUGGUGAAAAUAUCCGUUUUGCAUCAAAAUGCCCAUUUUGACAUAAAAGUGCCCUGUUUUGGCUUCCCCCAAACGAAAAUACGUUCCGCCGCCCCUGUCAGUUAGUGUUACCAUUUCUGUGUGGCCGGUACGGACAGAUCCAGAGGUCGAGCAAAAUGACAUGCAAUAUCUUAAUGAGGUUGCUCUUUCUACCACCUCUCUCUUUAUCUACCUCUCUGCUUCUUUCUCUCUCUGUCUUUUCCUCUCUUAUUCUACUUCAUUUCCUUGUCUUGUCUCAUGUUACCUUCUGAAAAAAAUUAUCUCUUUUAUUAGCCAGUUUCUUUUGUUUCUCCAUGAUCUGUCAGCUGUUCAGUAUUUGGUUGUAAUGAUCUCAGGACAAGCCAAUAUCUUGCUGUAGCAGCUGAUUCAAGUGUGCUGUAAAUUUAUAUUUUGAGGUCAGAUGAUGACAACUUUAACCCUAAUAUGCAGGGGGGUGGGAGAAGUACACCUAUCUUAGAUAUUUCAUGCAGUAUCUCUGCAAUGUGCCAAGAAAUUGUUGCGAUGCUGCAAAACUUUUUUGGGGGUCACACCUUGUCUAUCUUUUAAGAGAUAAUUUUUGUGACGUAAGAGUUGUGGUUUUGCAGUUAAUACAUGAAUGUAUGUACAGAAAUUUGUGUAUGAUGUCAUAGGUGAAUUGCAUGGCAAUUUUCACUUGGUCGAUAUUGUGAAGAUUUCAAAGGGAGAUGAACUCUUCUCAGGCCUGGACGCGGACCCAGCCAAAUUAGACAUAAUACCAUUUCGGGGGCCAUAUAUUGGUUUUGAACGAUACCCAGCCUGGCUGGAUCCGUGCCUGCUUCCCCCACCCCCUUCUGAUAUAGCCUAACGUGAAAGGGUUCAAGCCGUGCUUGAUUAGGGUUAAAGUGCCUUUUUGCAAUGUUAGUGUCAUUCUUUCCAGUAUUAUGUUUUGUGUUUGUCAGGUAGUUCAAAUUGUGAUUUGUUACUUUGGUCGAGUGUCUAGUUUCGUUUAAGAAUUUAUUUAAUUGGUGUAUGUGUGAUCUGAUAUGUAAAUUUUGUACAAAUUAUUUUCUACACAGAUUAUGCACGCAUCGAGCUACUGAAAUAAAAUAUUUAUGAAUACAAA